AUGAGUCGAAUCAGUUGUUGGAUGCAGCAAAAGGAGACGCUAGCGGAUCUAUCUCCAUCUGCACCCAAACAACCUUAUACUACUAACAACCUAGGCUAUGAAUUCUUUGACUAUAACACUCGUAGUGAAAAGGAAAGCAGUCAUUCAUUACCCACAAAAGGCUUUUUGCUCCUGGGAGACAACGAUGGUCACUAUGCCAAGUCUUCCUCGAAUUUCAUUACUUGGUCUGUUCUCAUUUUGACUGUCAGCGAUGACCCAGGUAUCUAUGGCCACCCCAAGUAUUUCGUAUCUAUGGCCACCCAAGUAUUUUGUAUCUAUGGCCACCCAAGUAGAGAUGCGCACAAUACCUUGCCAACGAGUAAACUCAACCGUGAGCUCAACAAAUCUAUUCGGCAAUCAAGUAUGUCCACCAAGUUUAUCAAGCAAGCUCACUUCAGCUACCGAUAG